GCCGCUGGGCCGGAGCGUUGGCCGGAGCCCCGCCGCGCUGCCAUGGCGCCGAGGCGGCGCCGGGGCCUGGCUGCGGCGGGCUCCCUGCUGUCGCUGCUCUGCGCGCUGCUCCGCGCCGCCGCCGACACCAGCACCGGACGGGGCUGGUUAAAAACUUACGGCUACUUACUUCCAUCUGACAGCCAAAUGUCAGCCUUGCAGUCGGGCAAAGCUGUGCAGUCUGCAGUUGCCACUAUGCAACAGUUUUAUGGGAUUCCAGUAACAGGAGUUUUGGACCAGACAACUAUUGAGUGGAUGAAAAAGCCUCGAUGUGGAGUUCCAGAUCAUCCCCACCUCCGCCGUAGCCGGAGGAAAAAGCGGUAUGCGCUAACUGGACAAAAGUGGAGGCAGAAGCAUAUAACCUACAGUGUACACAACUAUACCCCCAAAGUUGGAGAGAUCGAUACAAGGAGAGCCAUUCGUCAGGCAUUUGAUGUGUGGCAGAGAGUGACACCACUUACCUUUGAAGAGGUCCCUUACCAUGAAAUUAAAAAUGACAGAAAGGAGGCAGAUAUUAUGAUAUUUUUUGCUUCUGGUUUCCAUGGAGACAGUUCUCCAUUUGAUGGAGAAGGUGGAUUCCUAGCUCAUGCUUACUUUCCUGGACCUGGAAUAGGAGGAGAUACUCACUUCGAUUCAGAUGAGCCGUGGACCCUGGGGAAUUCUAAUCAUGAUGGGAAUGAUCUCUUUCUGGUUGCAGUUCAUGAGCUGGGACAUGCGCUAGGUCUGGAACACUCCAAUGAUCCCAGUGCUAUCAUGGCUCCUUUCUACCAGUAUAUGGAAACACACAACUUCAAACUGCCCCAGGAUGACCUCCAAGGAAUUCAGAAAAUCUAUGGUCCUCCUGUUGAGCCCCUGGAGCCAACCAGGCCUUUACCAACUCUUCCUGUUCGCAGAAUUCACUCCACUUCGGAAAGGAAACACGAGAGACAACCAAGACCUCCUAGUCCUCCUCUGGGUGAUAGGCCGUCUCCUCCUGGCUCGAAACCGAACAUCUGUGAUGGCAACUUUAACACCGUGGCUCUCUUUAGAGGAGAAAUGUUUGUUUUCAAGGAUCGCUGGUUCUGGCGGCUGCGCAACAACCGGGUGCAGGAGGGGUAUCCCAUGCAAAUCGAGCAGUUCUGGAAGGGCCUCCCUGCAAAGAUUGAUGCAGCCUAUGAGCGCUCUGAUGGCAAAUUCGUAUUCUUCAAAGGAGAUAAAUACUGGGUCUUCAAAGAAGUGACAGCAGAGCCGGGCUACCCACACAGUCUGGUGGAGCUGGGGAGCUGCCUGCCCCGGGAGGGCAUCGACACAGCCCUGCGCUGGGAGCCCGUUGGCAAAACGUACUUCUUCAAAGGGGACAGGUACUGGAGGUACAACGAGGACAAGAGAGCAACGGACCCAGGAUACCCAAAGCCCAUCACCGUGUGGAGAGGAAUCCCUCAGGCUCCACAGGGAGCUUUUAUCAGCAAAGAAGGCUUUUAUACCUACUUCUACAAAGGGAAGGAAUACUGGAAGUUCGAUAACCAGCAGCUGACUGUGGAGCCAGGCUACCCCAGGUCAAUCCUCAAAGACUGGAUGGGCUGUAACCAGAAGGAUGUUGAACGAAGCAAAGACAGACGCCUCCCCCACGACGACGUGGACAUUAUGGUGACAAUAAAUGAUGUGCCUAGCACUGUAAAUGCAAUCGCAGUCGUGAUCCCUUGCAUUUUGUCUCUGUGUAUCCUUGUCUUGGUAUACACGAUCUUCCAGUUUAAAAACAAAGAGGUGCAGCAAAAUGUUGUGUAUUACAAAAGACCUGUCCAGGAAUGGGUAUGACACAGCCCGCUGCACGUUUUCAACUCAUGGAACUGGUGAGGACUAUGGACAAAAAAAAAAGAAAAAAAAAAGAAAAAAAAAAAGAAGAAAUAAAGCCUACAAACAAAACUACUUCAGUGACAAGUUUUGGACAGCCUGGGACUGAAAUAAGCAGGAAAACUGGAAAAGCUACAGGCAGCCUUGCAGUGUGGAGCCUCUUUCCUUCUUACUGCCUCAGUUGCGUGUCAGUCUUGGUGUGCCAUCUUCCACAGGCUCACUCUGCUAACAUCAGAGUCUUCAAGACGGGUUUCAACUGACCUGGGAAACUUCCUUCAGUUCCCUGCACCAGUGCUCCCUGUUAAACCCAGCAUUCUCCAGUGUAGCUAAACCACCUCUGAACAGAACCAUUUUUUUAAUAGCUGUCUCAUAAUGAAUGAAGAUCAUGAAUUCUAUGAACAGGAACAAUUCAGUAUCGUUACGCAGAAGACAUUCUGAUGCUGAACCAUUCUAAAAGAUCUUAGUUUAUUACAGAAUCCAGGGAAUGACCUGGAUACGAUUUUCCAAUACCUGCUGGUCAGAUGUUUUGUACAUUCAUAACUAAGCAACGCUGCCACUCAGCACAGUGCAUGAGGAACCACUAAGCACUCGAAGAGGUAAAGGAGUGCAGAGCAGAAGCUCAAGAAGCACCAAACCAGCCACCUGGCAACAUCAAGCCCUAGACUGGGACAAUCUGAAGACAAAGUAAUUGGGUCUAAAUCAUGGGAAUUCAUGGUUUUGUGUUGGGAGCCAUUCAUGAAAGAAAUAUUUAAAUGUCACAUGAUGUUGUUUUAAGCUCCCAUCAGCAAGAAACAAUAAACCAACA